AUGCUCUGUCCCCGGCUGUGGAGAUCCCUGUGCGCCCUGGGUAGAAGAUCCCGGUCCUUUUCCACAACCACCACCACCCCCAGCCCGGAUCUGAGCGGGAUCUAUCCGCCCAUAGCGACUCCUUUCACGGCCAGCGAGGACGUGGACUACGGCAAGCUGGAGGAGAACCUGCAGAAAUACGCGAAAGUUCCCUUCAGAGGUCUGGUGGUGCAGGGCAGUAAUGGAGAGUAUCCGUUCCUGUCGGAGGAGGAGAGAGUGGAGGUGGUGAGAGCCGUGAGACGGAACCUGCCCUCGGAGCGACUCCUGAUGGCGGGAUCCGGAUGUGAAUCGACCAGGGCCACAGUGCGUCUGACGGAGAGAAUGGCGUCCGCUGGAGCAGACUGUGUCCUGGUCGUCACCCCGUGUUUCUACAAAGGAAAAAUGGACAACGCUGCUCUGGUCCAGCACUUCACCCAGGUGGCUGACCAGAGUCCGGUCCCUGUGGUCCUGUACAGUGUCCCGGCGAACACUGGCCUGGAGCUCCCCCUAGAGGCCGUGCUCAGCCUGGCACAGCACCCCAACAUCGUGGGUCUGAAGGACAGCGGAGGAGACAUCACACGAAUCGGGCUGAUUGCGCAUAAGACUUCCAAGCUGGAGUUUCAGUUGCUGGCGGGAUCGGCCGGGUUCCUCAUGGCAGCGUAUGGCGUCGGUGCAGUGGGCGGGGUGUGUGCUCUCGCUAACGUCCUGGGACCUCAGGUGUGUGAUCUUCACUCUCUUUGUGUGAGCGGACGUUGGGACGAAGCCCUGUCUCUGCAGCAGCGGCUCAUCGAACCAAACACAGCUGUGACCCGGGGCCUUGGCGUGCCUGGUCUGAAGGCGGCGAUGGAGUGGUUUGGUUUUCACGGAGGCUCGUGCCGCUCUCCUCUGCAGCCGCUCACCGAGGCCCAGACGCUGCAGCUGCGACAACACUUCUCCAACAACGGAUGGAUCUGA